CAUCAGCAACUCGCCUCUCAACUCUCAGACCCUCACUAGAUUCCUCUCUCUCUGUCUCUCUCUCUAAAUCUCUGUUCAAGUUUCUCUCUCUACAAAUGGCCCGAUUCAGCGGCGUCGUUUUGGUCCUAACGGCUUCCCUCUUGCUGGCCUCGACGGGGGCGCAAUCCCCUGCAUCGUCUCCGGCCAAGUCUCCUGCGCUUUCUCCCAAACAAGCUCCCGCCGCUCCUUCUCCGUCGAGCACUCCACCUAUGGCCGCCGCUCCUUCUCCUUCGAGCACUCCACCUACGGCCGCCGCUCCUUCUCCAUCGAGCAUUGCACCAUCGGCUUCGCCUUCCUCAUCUCCCGUCGCCGACUCCCCACCUUCUCUCCCAUCGUCGUCCCCGGCGACUGUUCCCUCUUCAGUUUCUGGAUCUCCCUCCGAGGCUCCAGUUCCUGCCAAUGGUGCCGUUUUGAAUCAGUUCUCCGCCGCCGGAGCUCUAGCCGUUGGGGUUUUCGCUGCAGUCAUUGUUAUGUAGAGUGGGGGUGUUUAAGACUUUUGGUUGUCAAUUUAUUAUUUUGUGUGGAUUCAUUUAUUCUUUUAUAUUUCAUAGUUUUAAAUUUGUAACACUGUUAUAUGGAAUACAAAGAGACAUUUU